GGUUUGGGCCUGGCGCUGCGGUUGAGGCGGCGGCGGCGGCCGAGUGGGACACGGGAGGUGGGAGCUGGGGGACCGGCAUGGACGUUUCGGGGCAGGAGACCGAUUGGCGGAGCGCCGCCUUCCGGCAGAAGUUGGUCAGUCAAAUUGAGGAUGCCAUGAGAAAAGCUGGUGUGGCCCACAGUAAAUCGAGCAAGGAUAUGGAGAGCCAUGUGUUCCUGAAGGCCAAGACCCGGGACGAAUACCUCUCGCUGGUCGCCAGGCUCAUUAUCCACUUUCGAGACAUUCAUAACAAGAAAUCUCAAGCUUCCGUUAGUGACCCUAUGAACGCGCUACAGAGCCUGACUGGCGGACCUGCCGCAGGAGCAGCUGGAAUUGGCAUGCCUUCUCGGGGCCCAGGACAGUCCCUGGGCGGGAUGGGCGGCCUUGGCGCCAUGGGGCAGCCAAUGCCCCUCUCCGGGCAGCCACCCCCAGGCCCCUCAGGGAUGGCUCCCCACGGCAUGGCUGUUGUGUCUACGGCAGCUCCACAGACUGGGCCUGACUCCUGGGUCUGGUCUCCAGCCCAGCUGCAGCUCCAGCAGGUGGCGCUGCAGCAGCAACAGCAGCAGCAGCAGCAGCAACAGCAGCAGCAACAGCAGCAGCAGCAGCAACAGUUCCAGCAGCAGCAGGUGGCGCUGCAGCAACAGCAGCAGCAGUUCCAGGCGCAGCAGAAUGCCAUGCAGCAGCAGUUCCAGGCAGUGGUGCAGCAGCAGCAGCAGCAGCAGCUCCAGCAACAGCAGCAGCAGCAGCAGCAGCAGCACCUGAUUAAAUUGCAUCAUCAAAACCAGCAACAGAUACAGCAGCAGCAGCAACAGCUACAGCGGAUUGCACAGCUGCAUCUGCAGCAGCAACAGCAGCAGCAGGCUUUGCAGGCCCAGGCGCCCAUCCAGCAGCCACCAAUGCAGCAGCCACAGCCUCCACCCUCCCAGGCACUGCCCCAGCAGCUGCAGCAGAUGCAUCACCCACAGCACCACCAGCCUCAGCCCCAGCCCCAGCCGCCACAAGUUGCUCAGAACCAACCAUCACAGCUCCCGCCACAGUCGCAGACCCAGCCUUUGGUAUCGCAGGCUCCAGCCCUCCCUGGACAGAUGCUAUAUGCCCAAACACACCUGAAACUUGUCCGAGCUCCAAUGGUGGUGCAGCAGCCGCAGGUGCAGUCCCAGGUGCAGCCCCAGGUGCAGCAGCAGACCACGGUGCCGACAGCUCAGGGCCCCCAGAUAGUGGGUUCCGGAGUCCAGAUGAUCGCCGCAGCCUUGGCCCAAGGCGGGAUGCAAGUAAGAGCCCGGUUCCCGCCCACCACCGCCGUGUCUGCCGUCCCGUCAAGCUCCAUCCCUUUGGGCGGACAUACCUCAGCACAGGUCAGCCAGAGCAGCCUCACCAUGCUGUCCUCGCCGUCGCCGGGCCAGCAAGUGCAGACCCCGCAGUCGAUGCCCCCUCCCCCGCAGCCGUCCCCGCAGCCCGGCCAGCCCAGCUCGCAGCCCAACUCCAACGUCAGCUCCGGCCCUGCCCCGUCCCCCAGUAGCUUCCUGCCCAGCCCCUCACCACAGCCCUCCCAGAGUCCUGUGACGGCGCGCACCCCGCAGAACUUCAGCGUCCCCUCCCCGGGACCUUUAAACACCCCUGUGAACCCCAGCUCAGUCAUGAGCCCAGCGGGCUCCAGCCAGGCCGAGGAGCAGCAGUACCUGGACAAGCUGAAGCAGCUGUCCAAGUACAUCGAGCCCCUGCGCCGCAUGAUCAACAAGAUCGACAAGAAUGAAGACAGAAAAAAGGACCUGAGUAAGAUGAAGAGCCUUCUGGACAUCCUGACAGACCCCUCCAAGCGGUGCCCCCUGAAAACUCUGCAGAAGUGUGAGAUUGCCCUGGAGAAACUCAAGAAUGACAUGGCGGUGCCCACGCCCCCACCACCCCCAGUACCGCCAACGAAACAGCAGUACCUGUGUCAGCCGCUCCUGGAUGCCGUCCUAGCCAACAUCCGCUCGCCUGUCUUCAACCAUUCCCUGUACCGAACAUUCGUGCCCGCCAUGACAGCCAUCCAUGGCCCACCCAUCACGGCACCAGUGAUAUGUACCCGGAAGCGCAAGUUUGAAGAGGAUGAGCGGCAGAGUAUCCCCAAUGUGCUGCAGGGGGAGGUGGCCAGAUUAGACCCCAAGUUCCUGGUGAACUUGGACCCUUCCCACUGCAGUAACAACGGCACUGUCCACCUGAUAUGCAAGCUGGAUGACAAGGAUCUCCCUAGCGUGCCACCGCUGGAGCUCAGUGUGCCCGCUGACUACCCUGCCCAGAGCCCACUGUGGAUUGACCGGCAGUGGCAGUACGACGCCAACCCCUUCCUGCAGUCGGUGCACCGAUGCAUGACCUCGAGGCUGCUGCAGCUCCCCGACAAGCACUCGGUUACGGCCCUACUCAACACCUGGGCGCAGAGCAUCCACCAAGCCUGCCUGUCGGCCGCCUAGCUUCACCUCUGCAGCUUCUCGGGACCACGGGCUCAGCGGCUGCCUUGUCGGGGCCGUAGAGGACGCAAGCCUCGCCUUGUGUUGGACCUUUCUAGGUGUCGGCUCUCUUAGAGAGCUGGGCUUAGGUUAGCUUCUCUGCUUUUAUCUUCUGCCUUGGGGACCUACCAGACAUUUUCCCACACUUGUUCCGGACUGGGACAGGUGACUACAGAGCUGGCUAUUUCGGCGGUGAGCACGGGAGUUCCUCCAGGGAGGUGGAUGUGCCCCUGGACCUACACUCCUCAGGCCGCUGUCCCGGUGGCCUCUGUAGGGCCCGUGUCCUUCCUUAGCAGGUGGGGGAGAAGUCAGGCCCCAUGAGAGCCCCUUGUUCGUGUGCCAGAAAGCACUCUCCCCGUUUCUGUAGGGAAUCGUGGAGAACAUCGGAAACCCUUAAAACACACAGAAUUCUCUGAUCACAGCUGGGUUCAGACCGUGACACUGUUGGCAUAUGGGGCACCAGCUGCAUCUCAGAGGAAAGUCUGGCCUAUGGGUGGCUGCAAGUCCCCACCAUCAGCUGGACCUCAAACCUCACAGCAUUCUCCCAUUAAGCCCUGGGGGCAGCAGGGAGCAGAGGUGUUGGGGGGACCCUGUCCCUGGCACAGGGCACACUAGUUGGGCCUACUCAUGGGUCAGGUGCCAUACGUGGGACCUGACGUCCUCAGAGCCACUCCAGAGUGAGGGCUCCCUGACGGCAUCAGCCGGCCCUCUGGUGACGAGAGGUUCCCCCUUUUGUAUAUGCACUACCAUGUCAUCUGUGAUUCUUAUAAUAAAUUUAUUAUUCCCGUG